AUGCCCCAUUGCGGUAACGCUAUAAGAAAAGAAGAUGAUGGUGGUGAGGUCGAGGUUGAAUGCUUGUGUGGUCAUCAGUUUUGUUUCAAUUGUCUAUGUGAGUUUGACUAUCCUUGCGCUUGCUUGGUGUGGAACCUAUUGAAAAAGAUGCAUGAAGAAGAGUCUGAAACACUUAACUAG